CUGCAUCCCGUUGAUGUGCCCUGGACAUCCUCGACCCCAGACCGCAGGGCACGCCACCUGCGGUCCGUUCAGCCCGUCCUGGAGACAGGCCAUCUUGUUUGACCGCGCUAUCGGGGUAGCCUCUUUGACCGGGCUCAGCUCUCUUGGAGUUGCGGGGACGGCAAGUUCCAGAUACACAAACAUCUUGUAUCAACCUUUGGGGGUCUAUCAUCUAGAUCCUACGCGGGCCACACAGGGAACUAGAUGCCCUCCUACAUUAUAUUUGGGCAAUUAAGUCCAACAUGCUCUAGUUCAGCUAUCACGGCCCCACUUGUGGCCAUCCACCGCUCUGCUCAGCUUCUUGCCACUUAGUAUUGAUUGGCUAUGGGCUUACUCAUGCGUGUCUUGUAACCACUCGAAUGCUGUAACGAGAGGAUUUUGGCCUGCUUCGUCUCGUUACCCCCCAACAUUUCCUAGAUUUUGACGUGAUUUACGAAAGCUCGUUCGGAGUCGAUUUGCACGUCUGGCUUGCUCCUUGGCUUUGUUCACGUGGACCAUGAUCAUUCUAUCAUCGCGAUCUUCGUCUCCAAGCAUGUCUAUUUGAACAGGCCCCACGAGCUGUCGAGGUUCUACGAUCGGCCGAUGACAUAUUCAAGCAUCUCAUCUUGCGAGUCGGCCCAUGCAAGCUGUCGAUCUCCGUCCAACAAAACCACGUAGCCUCACCUGUAUGUCUUUUCUGGGAGUCGAUCCGGCUAUGAAGCUCUCUGUCAGUGCAGAUCAGAGCCACUUCCGGUGUCUCGGAUUAACAGUGCCUUCCACGUUGAGCUCUUAGACUCGAUAACCUACAUGCAGUAUGGCUCCCGGGCUGAGGUCAGAGUUUUUUUUGCCAGCUCGGAAUGCUUGAGUGACAUUGAAGCGCAUCAUUUUUGCCAUACCCAAGGAUUUGAGAAGCACUGCAUACCCCCGUCGACACUUUCCUAUAAUUUCGCAAAGCUGUCGUAUCAUGCUGUCUAUCUGUACUUCCCUCCAACGAGAGAAGUCAUUCUAUUUUACACCACGUAAUCAUGGACUCGGAAGUAUAUGCUUUGUGCGAGAACAGAGAUGACACGUUUGGUCCUCAUGCUGGCAAUUGUCGCGGUGGUUUUGACUUCACCUUGAUGUUCGAGGAAGUUGUCUUAACCAUACUUCCACUUGCCUUCAUCCUCCUUUGCGCGCCAUUCCGAAUUUUUUAUCUCUUGAAGAAGCAGUCAAAGGUCAACCGGAGCUGGCUUCUUUUCGGAAAAUUGGCAUUUUACGCUGCUUAUGAAGUAAUAAGUCUCUGCCUCGUCGUGAAUUGGGCAGCGCCGGGAGCUUCGAAAACGAGUGCCUCUAUUCCUGCGGCCGUGUUGACGCUUGUUACAUUCCUGAUCCUUCCCAUCCUUUCCUAUGUGGAGCAUACCAAAUCGGUGCGGCCUUCGUUGCUCCUUAAUACCUACUUUCUCAUUUCCACUAUUUUCGAUGUGGCCCGCACUAGGACUCUAUGGCUCAAGUCUCAAGACAAGAACGCCAGCAAUUUCACAGUCGCUCUUGCCUUGAAGGUCGUCAUCCUCACUCUGGAGGCAGUGGAAAAGCGUCGAAUUCUCAAGCCAGAGUUUCAUUGGUAUCCCACCGAAGCAACCAGUGGCAUCUACAAUACGAGUUUGUUUUGGUGGUUGAACGAGCUGCUUCGUCAAGGGGCUCGACAGACCUUAUCUCUUGACGAUUUAUUUGCACUCGAUAAGCAUCUUAUUUCGAAGAACUUACAUCUUUUACUAGAGGCAAGUUGGAUGAAAGUAAAUUCGCGUGGUGCACACACCUUACUUUGGUCAACCUCGCGGGCACUCAAAUGGGCCCUGCUCUCUGCGGUCAUUCCCCGCCUGGGACUGACAGCUUUCAACUUCUGCCAGCCAUUUCUCCUUCAGCGCGCCAUUGAACUUUCCCAGCAACCUGUCACAACGGCCUCAACUAAUGUUGGCUAUGGACUCAUUGGCGCUUACUUUCUGGUAUAUGCUGGCAUUGCGGUUACAACCGGCCAGUUCCAGCAUCUCACGUAUCGGGUCAUUACGAUGAUCAGAGGAGGCCUGAUUUCGAUGUUGUAUGGAAAAGCUACAGAGCUUAGCCUCACAGCAGCAGAUCCUUCUUCCUCAAUGAUAUUGAUGAGUGCAGACAUUGAAAGGAUAACAACCGGCUGGCAAACCAUUCACGAAUUGUGGGCAAACUUCAUUGAAGUCGGAUUGGCCAUAUAUCUGCUGGAGAGGCAACUGGGUGCUGCUUGCGCAGUGCCCAUUGCGGUAGCAAUUGUGUCAAUGGCAGGCUCCCUGGUCGCAACAAGUCUGGUCAUGUCUCGUCAAGCUCUGUGGCUUGAGGCAAUUGAAAGGCGUAUCGCCGCAACUACCGAGAUGCUCGGAUCCAUGAAAGGGGUGAAAAUGUGCGGCCUCACCGAUGUACUUUCCAAGGAACUUCAGCAUUUGAGACUCGAAGAAUUGCGAAUAUCAAAACGAUUCAGGAAACUACUAAUAUGGAAUAUGGGAUUCACUUAUAUCACACCAAUUUGCGCACCUAUUCUUACCUUCACUGUCUAUUCCGUGAUAGCUCGCAACCAAGGGAAUGGUGCCACACUCGACACCGCAAAAAUAUUUACCUCGCUAUCAUUAUUUACGUUGCUAGCUGAUCCCCUGCAGUCGCUCAUAAUGUCUAUGGCUACAUUCGCAGGAUCAAUUGGUUCCUUUCAACGCAUUCAAGAGUUUCUUUCAAUAACUCGUCGCGUAGACGAACGAAAAUUGAGUAGCCACUUCUCAUCGCCACGUUGCCACAGCGAUGCGUCGACCGAAGUCAUCACUGCCAUUCCAGACGUGGCUGACGAUGUUGAAAACGAGAAGUCCAUUUUUGAAACGCUUACGGACGACAUGCAACUCAGCUCCGUUGAUGGGAUUCUUGUUGUCGAUGCAACAUUUGGUUGGAAUGCAGACAGACCCGCUACAUUGAAAGAUAUCACUUUCAGGAUUCCCCGAGAAAGCAUAUCAAUACUCAUGGGCCCGGUCGGAUGUGGUAAAUCUACGUUACUCAAGGGGAUCCUCGGUGAGGUACCUCUACUGACUGGAUCCGUUCAUUUGCCAUCCUCCGAGAUUGCUUUCUGCGAUCAGACACCUUGGCAUAUGAAUGGCACUAUUCAGGAAAGCAUCCUUGGCGUCUCGGAAAUGGAGGAAAUAUGGUACUCUACUGUUACUCGAGCAUGUGCUCUCGACGAGGACUUCAGUCAGCUGUCACGUGGAGAUCAGACAUCCAUUGGCAGUAAAGGAAUAUCCCUGUCUGGAGGCCAGAGUCAACGCAUCGCUCUGGCACGAGCAAUAUAUGCACGGAAAAGGAUAGUUGUAUUGGAUGAUGUACUUGGCGGCCUGGAUGUUGAUACCGAGAAUCGCGUCUUCCACAAUCUUUUCGGGCGCAACGGUCUUUUACGAAAGCACAGCACCACUACUUUGAUAACUUCUUCAUCAGCGAAGCGUCUACCAUAUUCGGACCACAUCAUUAUUCUUUCUAGCGAUGGCCAGGUUGCUGAACAAGGAAAUUUCAAAGAGCUCAGCUCAAGCGGUGGCUACGUUUCAAGUUUUGGCCUUCCGCCACCAGACUGGAACUACGAGCCACCACGACCCGGCAAAGGUUCCCUUGAAAGCCAGUUGACUGAAAAUUCACUUUUGUCAUCCGAAUUGCAGCGAUCUCCUGGGAAAUCGGACAGGCAGACAGGCGAUGUUGCAGUUUAUCUGUACUACGUGAAAGCUGUGGGCUGGAUUCCUACUAUCAUCUUCAUCAUCGCCAUAUCCGCCUUUGUGUUUUGCAUGUCCUUCCCAACAAUUUGGAUUAAAUGGUGGGCGGCCUCAAACGUCCAAGCUCCGAACCAGAAUCUUGGUUACUAUCUUGGGAUUUAUGCUAUGUUAGGUGUUUUAGCUUUGUUAUUCCUUGUAGGCAGCUGCUGGCAACUGGUAAUAACUAUGGUUCCCCGUUCUGGAGAAAGUUUUCACAAGAUCCUGCUGAAGACUGUUCUCAGUGCGCCUAUGUCAUUCUUCAAUUCAACAGAUACUGGAGUUACUGUCAAUCGUUUCAGCCAGGAUCUUAUGCUCAUCGAUAUGGAGCUGCCACUCACUGCUUUGAACACCGUGGCAACUUUGAUUCUUUGCAUUGCACAGAUGAUUCUGAUCGGAGUUGCAUCUACCUAUUCGGCCAUUUCUUUUCCCAUAGUUCUCACGGCUCUUUAUUUCAUUCAAAAGUUCUAUCUGCGCACUUCUCGGCAGCUCCGUCUUCUGGAUCUUGAGGCCAAAUCGCCUCUAUACUCUCAAUUCAUGGAAUGUAUUAGCGGCCUAGCGACAAUAAGAGCCUUUGGAUGGCAACACGCCUUGGAAGAGAAGCACACAGCACUCUUGGACCAGUCCCAAAAGCCCUUCUACUUACUUUUUGCGGUCCAGAGAUGGUUGACAUUUGUCCUAGACCUCAUUGUCGCUGCAAUUGCUAUAAUUCUUAUAACCCUCGUUGUGACGCUUCGGGGUAUCAUGGACCCAGGCUUCGUGGGUGUCGCACUUCUCAACGUUAUAUUGUUCAGUCAAAGUAUCAAAAUGCUUUUGACAUUCUGGACCAACCUGGAAACACACAUUGGAAGCAUUUCUAGGAUAAAAUCCUUUACUGCAGACACGGAAGUAGAGAACCUGCCAAAUGAAAGUGCUUCGCCUCCGCCUGACUGGCCCGCUAAUGGCGCAAUCGAGUUCAAGAAUGUUUCCGCUGAGUACAAAGCAGGUGAGCCGGUACUCAAGAACGUCACUCUUUCAAUCGAUGGCGGGGAGAAAAUUGGAAUCUGUGGACGGACUGGGAGUGGUAAAACAUCAUUUGUACUCAGCAUUUUCCGUAUGAUAGAAAUGAGUAACGGUUGUAUUACGAUUGAUGGCAUCGAUAUCUCUACGAUACCACGCCAAGAGGUCCGGUCGAAGAUUAUUGGCGUCCCUCAAGAUUCAUACCUACUCACUGGCAGCGUUCGCCUCAACGCUGACCCUCAUCGAGUUGCAGAGGAUACGGCUAUUGUUGAUGCGCUCAAGUCAGUCCAUCUAUGGGACAAGGUCAAGGAGAAGGGCGGGCUGGACACGGAUAUCGAUAAAGUCUUCUUGUCGCAUGGACAGAAGCAGCUUUUCUGUCUCGCUCGUGCCAUGUUACGCGAGAGUACUAUUUUGAUUCUUGAUGAAGCUACUAGCAGCGUCGAUUCGAAGACAGAUGAACUGAUGCAGCGCAUCAUCAGAGAGCGCUUCUCAACACAUACAAUUAUUGCAGUCGCGCAUAAACUGGACACAAUCCUGGACUUCGACAAAGUUUUGCUCCUCGAUGAAGGCGGACUCGUCGAAUUCGAUAGCCCAUACGAAUUGCUUUCGGACGAAACAUCUGCGUUCCACAAGCUGUAUUACAGUUCGCAUGCCGAUGAAGAGGAGCUGGAUGAUCACAUUACGUUGUCUGAGUAGAGCAUUUGUCAUAUUGAGGGUGGAAGUCAGCGUGUUGAAGGGGGCGAAUUGUAGGCAAGAGUCAUAUAAUUAUGUUUGUUUGUUUACAAAGUUCACUCUUCGUGUGUAGCUAGUUCUUUCCAGCCACGUUCGUUCUGUACAAAGAUACUCCAGUCAUAUAGAAACAAUUGCAUUUCAAUCCACAAUC